AUGGGGCCCCCCGGGCAAUAGGGGAUCAUGGGGCCCCUGUGUCCUUGCCCACACUCAAAAAAGCCUAUGAAAAAGGUACCAGGGGCAUCUCAUGGGGCCCUCUACUGACCCCGGGCCCUCGGGCAGACAAUGUUCAGACUCAAGUGCCCAGAUUAAAAUGGUAGUAAACCCAAAAUCAGGGGCGGACUGACAACUCAUGGGGCCCCGGGCAAUAGGGGAUCAUGGGGCCCUUGUGUCUUCGCCCAAACUCAAAAAAGCCUAUGAAAAAGGUACCAGGGGCAUCUCAUGGGGCCCCCUACUGACCCCGGGCACUCGGGCAGUGCCUGAGUUUCCAAAUGGUCAGUCCGCCCCUGCCCAAAAGCAAACAUUUAUU